UAACGCUUCCUAAGUGACCCACUAACACAGAUGUCUGAGUCACCAGCCGCAUUAAGACUGAAAGCAAGGUAGCAAGCAAGACAGCUACUGGUAGGAAUUUCAUCAAGAUCGUGAGCCAGUGGAAAGGUUCUCACUUAUGCCGAAGCUUGUGGUAGAAACUAAGACCGACCCCUUCGGCUGGAACGUAGUGAAGAUUUCUUCAAGUGGACUGAUUUGGUGUGGAAGUUGCUACUGUUCCAGAUCAUUGUUAUGGCUUACAGUUAAUGCAUUUGAACACACUGAUUGUCAUUAACAUUAAUAAUAUGCAAUCAGUCAAGCAAGACAUUCACUCCAGUGAGUCAUUCAGUGGAGAUGAUGCCCUUGUGUUUGCUGUGGCUUUACACAGACCUAACAAAAAUUUAUUGGCUGACAAAAUUUCAGCAGUUCCUUUCAACACUAAAUCUACAUGCCGCAGGAAACGUGAGUUCAUCCCAGAGGAGAAGAAAGACACCCUUUACUGGGAGAGACGACGCAAGAACAAUGAGGCUGCCAAGCGCUCAAGAGAAAAGCGACGCAUCAAUGACAUGGUGCUUGAGAACAAGCUGAUGGCCCUUGGAGAGGAGAAUGCAUCCCUGAAGGCGGAACUGCUUUCUCUAAAAAUCAAGUUUGGAUUAGUUAGCUCAUCACCACAUACCCAAGAAGUCCAAACACUACCUAGCCCCCCCACUGUAAACUCUCAUGAGGAGUUUACAUCUUCUGGUGCUGCCCAGGGUUUAGUCAGAAGAGAUCUUGAGCAUGUAGAGCUACACAACAGCUGUACAUCAGUUAUCAAACACUUACCUCUCAUGCCUGAAACAUGGGCUGCAAAUCAAACAAGUUUUACUUUCUGUAGGACAGCAGGUUUUAAGCAAGAACCACUUGAAAUUUGCACCUGGCAGCAAAGCACUACUCCAUCUGAACUCUACAAAAAUAGCAAGGUUAGAUAUUUGUUUGAUGUCUGUUCCGAGGCAGCCUCAUUCAUGCAGACUGCUAGGUCAUCUAGUAACUCACCCAAGAACUCAGAUGACAAUGCUGUAAGCAAAGCAUCCGAUGGGGAGGAUGAGCAGCAAGUACCGAAGGGAUCGAAGCUUUCUAUACCUGACCAGAGAAGCGUCAUUGUUUCAACUCACAAAGUGCCGGAUGUCAGUUCUUCAGCUUUGCCCCAUAAACUGCGAAUCAAAUCAAGAACCAUCCAAAUUAAAGCGGAAGCGGUUGACCUUGAAUAUGACUCCACUGGAAAGGCUUCUUUUGUCAGUGUUUCAGAAGGAGAAUGCUUUCAGACCUCAGAAUCUAGACAGCCUUUCCAUUGUCCUUUGUCAGUACAGGUUUCCAGCAUGCAAGGCUGGAGCGACAGGUCUGAAAGCAGUAUUUCUACAGAGUGGCUGCCCGAAUAGUAAAUAAUAUGCUACUAAAAAACAAUUGUACGUUUCUAUGCACACUCAGAUGCUGAGGACUUUUGCCUUCAGGUUUUUGGCAUGUUGUCAGCUAAAGUGGCCUCAUGUAUUAAACCAACAACAACAGAGCAAGAUGCUUAAGCAAAGUAAACUAAUAGCAUCCCUAGUAUUAAGUUUAUCAAAAAAGAAAUGUUUGAUGUGAAUUUCAUGAGGAAUGUUCAUAUGAUCUUGUUAUUAUAUUUUGGAUUUCCAGUCUAUUCCCUGUGGUACAAUGUUAAUGUUUAGAUUGGGUCAGUUUUCAGUGACAAAAUGUUGAGUUUUUCCCAGGGAUUUUUGGAAGACAGUUUAUUAAAGUAUGUUCAGAAGAAUCAAUAUAUGCAAGGUUGUAUGGAGUCUAUUCUAUAGUAUGCAUUAUAAACUCAGUUAAAUUAUGUGCCACAUCUUAGUCUGUUUUUUUUGUAAACAAACACUAUGUAAAGUAAUUUGAGAAACACUGCUCUAUAUGUCUGACUUUAAACCUGUUUUUAUUUCUGCUAGUUCGAUGGCAAUCUUAUUAAUCUGAAAAAUCAUUAACAGGUGCUCAAUCAACGAUAGAAAUAGUAUUGGGAUUGUUAUGAUCGGAUCAUUGUGUGUUACACACAAAGUGUAGAAUUUUUAAAAGAAACUUCCUAGCACAGUUCAAAUUAAGCAAGAGGAUAUAUCCCUUGGAUUUCUGGUUUCAUGCAUUUUAGUGAAUGAAUAUAGCUAUAGAGAUGUCCAUUAACCACAAAUUGUAAGAGGAAAAAAAA